AGCAGUACAGGCACAGAAGAUCAGCAAUCCACAGAGAAGUCUAGAAAGCUCGAAAGAACCUGGCGCGCUCCUGCUCUUUCUCAAAAUGAGGCGAAAAAGUCUCAGCUGUUGAGCUACUCCGGCGUCGACCCAUAUGUGCCAUGAACUGGCAUCAUGAUAACCAUGAGACGUUCACCCGCAUCGAACAAACUUGCUUUGGCGUAUAAAAAUGGGCACAACCGCCCCCGGUAUUUCCGAGGCGGAGCGAGUUUUCAUUGCGAUCGCAAUUUUCUCGGGAGCAGCGCGCCACUCCUGCGUGCACGCCGCGCCCACCGACACUGCUGAAGGCACAAAAAAUUCCGGCCAAGCUUCCUGUCCCUGUAUCGCCACUCUUGUUGCAAAUAACUUGACGUCGCCCACUACCACUGUUGAUGCAAUCAACGCCGCUACAACAAAUACAACGACCGGAAAUAUUUCUGCCGCAGAUGCGGCGGUUUCGGCAGCAAUCGCAGUAGCAGGAGGUGCAGCUACUACUUCCGGAGGUAAUCAUCAGCAAGGCAGCGUACAUUUUGGCAUCAACUACUGGAAGAACUACACCACGGCAAAUUCAAGUAGUAGCACAACCACCACCACGACGACAACAAGCACGUCGACGUCUCUAACACCUGCUCCGACUCGCCUUCGCCGCCAGCUGUUUUCCUCCCAAGAACUACCCUCCAACUACGGUUCCGGGCACUGCUUUGCCUGGGACAGCGCUUUCUGUGAUCUUGUCCAUGAUGGUACCACUGACGCUAGCUCCCGUCCGGAUUGGUGUGAUAAAAUGUGGUGUUUCGUGGACAAAACCAACUGCGACGCGACAUUCGCACCGGUGGAGUUCAAUGCGGAAUUGACCUACUCGUAUUUGACCUGUCGAACAGAAGUAGAAGAUGAACAUCAAAACGACUCCACAACUGCGUCUGCAAAAAAAGGCAGCAACAGCCUGUUCACCAAUCGUCAGCUGAUCCUCGGCAUCGCCGCCGGCGUGGUCGGUUUGUGCCUUCUCGCGUGUCUGCUGUAUUGCUGCGCAAGGUGUUGCAUCCGGAAAGCAGGAGGAGCUGCACCAAAUCGGUCGAAUAGGACAUCUACUGGUGUCAGAAAUGAUGGCGGGCAAAAUCCGAACGCGAACCUACAAGAGGAAGAGCUAAAACAAAAUCAAAACCCGCUCGCUGCGAACAACGUCGGCGGUGGUAGAAAUACUUUGUUAACUUCUGAUCAUCCGGAGACACAACUUGGUGGACACGAGCUGUCGUUGGGACAGUACAACAAAGUAGAACUACCCGUCCGCGGCGCUUUGUUCAAUCAAAACCGAGCCUUCACACCCAGUUACGGGGGGCAGCUUGCUCCUGCAGCCGGAUUGUUCAGUCAUCCCCAAGGACGACCGAACGGUGGAUUACAAACUCCGCAAGGAGACGGGGAUCACGGGCCAGUCGCAGGUGGAAUAUUAGUACAAAUGCAACAAUUCGGAAGUUCAGAAUUCGAUACCCUCCCGGAACACCAGCAGUGUGUGAACGAAGUGCAGUUGCAGAUGGUCCCGCCGCCACAAGCGUACGGAAUUGGAGGUUGGCGACAUAACAACGCGGGAGCGCGGCACCAGCAGCAGCUUUUGUCGCAGGAACGGCAUCAUGCUAAUGCCACCCUGCCGGGCACAACUCCUGGCGGGCGACACAACGAGCCUAUGAUCGUCGUGAUUGAAAGAAAAUAAAAGAAGACAGGAAGCCGGUGUUGUGCGGCGUCUAUGCUCAAACUCCGUGUAAUAUAUGCAGUUUCUAGACAAACAUAGUGACAGUGUGCAUCGCCAGUACGAGGUUUCUGCAAAAGAAACAUACGUCGAGCUGGAAAAGCGCAGACGGCAGUAGUGGUAAGUAGCUGUGGCACAGGCUAGUACUAGAUUGGUUGAAUGUACUUAUGUACGAUCAUUCUGUGGUUUUAAAGUCAGUCUCAGUUCAGUGACCGAU